UUUUCUGAGGAGAGCUGGAGUUUUCCUUUGAGAACUGGAGCAACGAGGACGUAUGAAUGACCCGCUCGCCGGGCUCGAGCCCGGGCGGGCCGUGUGCUCUCCGCGCGGGGUCCGGGGUGGGCCGCCCGUGGAUACCGGCGCUCCGGAUCCCGCUCUGUCGAAGACCGACAGGGACCUCUCAGCGACAGGUGGGGACGUGAGAUCGCGGACGCGAGAGAAUUUGGAUUGCCAGUCGUCCUGGGUCAGAGAAAAAGUGCUCUUUCUUCUGAACCCCGAGAGGUGGUUGGGAACACAAGCGGACCCUGCUUGCGCAGAGCUGGUGGAUAGCGAGGCCUUCCGUCCGAGGAUUGAAGACCACCGCGAUUCGGAACGGGAACCGAAGCUUUCCCGCAGGCGCAUUGCCACGGUCCCCGGAGCCCAGCCUCGGAACCCAGCAGCCACCCCUAGGUCCGUGUUGGUGCGGGUCGUGGAUUACCAUGAGACACAGGAGGUGCAGCGGACUGAGUGGACCAAGGGUCAGAUGACUACGAGGACCAAGGAGCGCUCUGUAACCGCCGUCACCUUUCGCACCCAGAGUGAUUGACAUCGUUUGUGCGGCACUGGGGCGAGAGCAGAACCUGGAUGUACCCUGCGUUGCUACGGGAGCAUAAUUCGUCGCCAAAGAUCCGAACCCGAGAAAUGUUCCAGGGCUAGGGAUGCGAGGAAACGGCUCGAAGAACCAACUCUCAGCAGUUUUAGACAUCCUCUGUGGCGUCAGUGUCUGACAGUCCUUUAAGAGAAUAAAAGGUGAAGAACAAGAACACUUUCCAUUUCACAAGAGUCUUUGGAAGAGCAUCUGAACUUGUCCUCAG